AUGAUUACAGCAAUUAUAUGGAAUAUAAGGUUCGUUAAAUCUCAACAUGCUUUUCAAAGGCUCAUUAAUUUGAAAAGGCAGUAUAAUAGUUUUAUUGUGGCUUUGAUGGAGCCUUUUCAACACAGCAAACACCUACAAAAAUACAGGAGGAGGAUAGGGAUGGAAACAGCUUUGACAAAUAUUAAUGGCAAGAUAUGGGUAUUUAUUGAUGCAGUGGUUCAGUGGGAAAUAUUGUUGGAUACAAAUCAACAGAUUUCUCUAAAACUUAAACAUAUUGCUACUGACAUAGAGAUGAUUGCUACUUUUGUGUAUGCAAAAUGCAGCGCAGUGGAGAGACUUGAAUUAUGGGAUAAUAUUUAUUCUCUCGCUAAUGAUAUGAGCCUACCUUGGUUGGUUGGGGGGGAUUUUAAUGUUAUCUUAUCAGAAGAGGAAAAGAUUGGAGGUUUACCUGUAGAUCCAUCAGAGUGUGAUGACUUUGCAUUCUGUGUUAAUUCUAGUGAACUAUUUGAUAUGGGUUUCAAAGGAAGUCCUUACACUUGGUGGAAUAGAAGAGCUGCAGGGGAUUGCAUUCUAAAAAUACUAGAUAGAAUUCUAGUGAAUAUUCGUUUUCAAAACUCUUUCCCUAAUAUUGAAGUGGAGCAUUUAACCAAAACUGGAUCAGACCAUUCUCCUAUGGUGUUAUUUUGUGGUGAAGAAGCUAUACCAAUUUCAAAACCAUUCAGGUUUUUAAAUUUUUGGACUCAGCAUGAAAGUUUCCAGGAGGUGAUCAAGAAUAACUAG